AUGAGUAAUUCAAGUGAUCAUAAAAAGGAGGAAGGGUUUUAUAAUGAUAUAUAUCCUUCUUGUAAGGAAAAAGAACAAAAUACAAAUGAUAUAACAAAUAUUGUCAUGCAUAAGAACCAUAGUUAUUCUACGAACUGCAAAAAAAAUAAAGAAAAGAGAAAUAAUAAUUUAAAAGAGAACUCCAUAAUUUACAAUAAUAAUACUAACUUACAUAUAGACUUAAAAAAAAAAGAGGAAAAAACAAAAAACAACCAAGUGGAAAAUAAUGUUUGCUACAGUUCGAUUAUGAAUGAUACAAAUUCUAUAUUAUGGCCAAACAAAAAAAUAAAUACAAAUGAAGAAAUAAAAAAUAUAGAUACAAAUAAAAAUACAAAUAAAAAUACAAAUAAAAAUAUAAAUAAAAAAUAUAUAUCUCUGCUGAAAAGCAUUGUACAUUCAAGAGAUGAUGCAGAUAUAUUAAUCAAAAUCAAAGAAAGUAAAAAUAAUAAGAAUCAUAAUGAUGUUGAUAUAAUACAAGAUAAUAAUUAUAAUAAUAUUAUUAAUGAGCAUGUGAAAAAAAAUAAUAAAUAUCACGAUCAAAGUGAUGGUAAAACAAAAUAUCUUUCAAAUUACAAAUCAAAAAAAAAAAAUAAAGAUAAAAAAAAAAAUGAAAAAAUGUAUAAUUCCUCACAAAAACAUUUUGAUGAAAAAUAUAAAAGUAAUACAAUUAAAAAAGAAGGAGAUUUAAAUGUUGACAAACCUUUAGAUGAACAAAAAUAUUCAGAUGUAGAGAAUUUUAUUAUAUAUAAAGUACCAAAGUAUUUAAAGAAAAAAAAUAUCAAAUGCCCAUUUGUAUAUAGAAAAGUAUUCUUUGGAAAAUAUGGUAUAAUAAAUUAUGAUAUAAAAGGUAAUAUUACAGAUACAUUAGUAAUAACAUUUCAUGGAUUGAAUGGAUCUAAUGUAACCUUUUUAGAAAUGCAAAAUAUUUUAAUAAAAUAUAAAUUUCAAGUUCUUAAUUUUGAUUUAUAUGGACAUGGGUUAUCUGCAUGUCCUAAAUAUAAUCAUAAAAAAAAAACUUAUGGAAUUGAUUUUUUUUUAUAUCAAAUAGAAGAAUUAUUAAAUCAUUUAAAAUUACAAGAUAAAGAUUUUUAUUUAAUUGGUUUUUCAAUGGGAUGUGUUAUAGCUAUAUGUUUUGCAAAAAAAUAUAUAAAACAAGUAAAGAAAAUUAUUCUAAUAUCUCCAGUAGGCCUUUUAGAAAAAAAACCUUUUCCUUUAAAAAUAUUAAAAUUAUUUCCUUGCUUAAUUAAUUUAUCUUCUUUUUUUAUGCUACCUUGUUUUUUUUCAAAAAGGAAAUUCAAAAAAAAAGGAGAGCCUCAAAAUGAUACAGAAGAUUUUAUGUAUAAUAGAUUUAUGUGGCAAGCAUUUGUUAAAAAAAAUAUUUCUCAUUCUAUACUAGGAUGUAUAAAUAAUUUAAAAAUGUGGAGUGCUCAUGAAAUUUUCAAAGAUGUAGGACUUCAUAAAAUUCAAGUUUUAUUCCUAUGUGGAGAAAAUGAUCAUUUUUGUAAACCACAAGUAUUUAAAAAUGCAUCUACAUAUUUUAUUAAUUGUCACUUAAUCAUUUUUAAAAAUGCUUCCCACUUAGUUUUAUUGGAAAAAAAUCACGAAAUUAAUUUGUGUGCCUUAACAUUUUUUCACAUGCCAAAUAAUGUAGAAUUAAAGGAUUUCCACCAUUUAUUCCCUGUCGACAGCAUAGGAAAUUACGUAUUCAUAUCAUAA